AUGGCGAACCUCGACUCGUACUUCCAGCAGGUGGACACUCUGCAAGACUCGUUCAUCGAGAGGCUCAGAGAAGCUGUCGCUAUCCCCAGUAUCUCCUCUGAGGACCAGAGGAGACCGGAUGUCGUCAAGAUGGGCCACUGGCUCGCGGACCAGAUCAAGGCGCUCGGCGGUGAAGUCGAGCUUCGUGAGCUUGGAAAGCAGCCCGGACGCGAGCACCUCGACCUCCCACCCUGCCUCCUCGGCCGCUACGGAAACGACCCCAAGAAGGUCAACGUUCUCGUAUACGGCCACUACGAUGUUCAGCCUGCACAGAAGUCCGACGGCUGGGCGACCGACCCAUUCACGCUGAGCAUCGACGACAAGGGCCGCAUGUACGGACGUGGCAGCACAGACGACAAGGGCCCUGUCCUUGGUUGGUUGAACGCCAUCGAGGCACACCAGAAGGCCGGUGUUGAACUCCCUGUCAACCUGAUCAUGUGCUUUGAGGGUAUGGAGGAGAACGGCUCGGAGGGUCUAGAUGACACCAUUCGCGCCGAGGCGAAGAAGUUCUUCAAGGACGUAGAUGUUGUUUGCAUUUCGGACAACUACUGGCUGGGCACAGAGAAGCCCUGUCUCACAUACGGUGUCCGUGGAUGCAACUACUACUCCAUUGAGAUUGCCGGCCCCGGUGCUGAUUUGCACUCUGGUGUCUACGGCGGCGUCUCCCACGAGCCCAUGACCGACUUGAUUCGCAUCAUGAACUCUUUCGUCACCCCUGAUGGCAAGAUCCUGAUUGAGGGCAUCGACGAGCUUGUCGCUCCCAUGACUGAGCAGGAAGAGGCUCUCUACCCUCCCAUUGCAUUCACCAUGGACGACCUGAAGGAGUCGCUUGGCGGUGAGGUCUCGAUCCACAGCACCAAGGAGGAGGCCCUCAAGGCUAAGAUGAGGUACCCUUCGCUGUCUCUGCACGGUAUUGAGGGUGCUUUCUACAGCGAGGGAGCCAAGACGGUCAUCCCUGCCAAGGUCAUUGGAAAGUUCUCCAUCCGCACUGUGCCCAACAUGGAGAUCGACCCCGUCACCAAGCUUGUCGAGAAGCACGUCAACGCUGAGUUUGCCAAGCUGGGGUCGAAGAACAGGAUGAAGUUCAACGUUGUCCACUGCGGCAAGUGGUGGGUUGAGGACUUCAACCACCCCAACUACACAGCCGCCGCCAAGGCCGUCGAGAGGGUGUUCAACGUUAAGCCUGACAUGACACGUGAGGGCGGCAGUAUCCCAGUCACUCUCACAUUCCAGGAGGAGCUUGGAAAGAACGUGCUGCUGCUGCCGAUGGGAAGCUCGACAGAUGCCGCGCACUCGAUCAACGAGAAGCUGGACAAGAAGAACUACAUUGAGGGCACAAAGCUGCUCGGAGCAUACCUGCACUACGUCGGUGCGGAGCUCAAGCGUGAUUAA